CUGAACCAAAUAAAUACGGAGUACCUUCUUCUUACACCUCCUUCCCAACGCCUCCAACACAUUUCCCCCAAGCAAACCAUUCUAGGGUUAGGGAAACGACAAUGGCAGCCGCCGCCCCCCCUGUCGAGUCCGUCCAGUGCUUCGGCCGCAAGAAGACCGCCGUUGCCGUCACCUACUGCAAGCGCGGCCGCGGCUUGAUCAAGAUCAACGGCUGCCCCAUCGAGCUCAUCGAGCCCGAGAUCCUCCGCUACAAGGCCUACGAGCCCAUCCUCCUCCUCGGCCGCCAGCGCUUCUCCGGCGUCGACAUGCGCAUACGCGUCAAGGGCGGGGGCCACACAUCUCAGAUCUACGCCAUACGCCAGAGCAUCGCCAAGGCUCUCGUCGCCUUCUACCAGAAGUACGUCGACGAGCAGUCGAAGAAGGAGAUUAAGGAUAUCCUUGUGAGGUAUGAUAGGACCUUGCUCGUGGCGGAUCCGAGGCGAUGCGAGCCGAAGAAGUUCGGUGGGCGCGGUGCACGUGCGAGGUUCCAGAAGUCGUACCGUUAAGACUUCGUUCGCCAGUAUGGUUCGUAUUAGUCUGGUUUUGGUUAGUGCUUUUUGUUGAAUUAAGUUUGUUAUGGAGGAAUUGGAAUUGAGACUUUUGUUGUCAUGGUUUUUCAUUUUGGAUGUGAACUGCUUCGGUUAAUUUGUGUCGAUGCCACAAUAUUAUACUAUCUCGAUCAUGUGUUCUAUAA